AUGUCGGCUACAAAAUUAUUGAAUUUACAAGGAAUUCGUGGAAUUGCAAUUAUAGCAGUUUUAGGAUUUCAUUUCUUUCCAAAUUAUUUUCCAAAUGGAUAUUUGGGAGUUGAUCAGUAAGUUUAAAUUGUUGAAAAUAAUUUGAGAAAUUUGAAAAUAUAAUUGCAGGUUCUUUGUGUUAUCUGGAUUUUUGAUGUGUAUGUUAUUGACAAAAAAUGAAAAAUUACCAAAAUUUGAAAUGAUAUCAAAUUUUUAUAUUCGUCGAUUUAAAAGAAUUUUACCAUUAUAUCAAUUAAUAAUAUUUAUUUCAUUAAUUGCAUUAUAUUUAAUAUUUCCUGAUACAACAAUUGAAAUUAAUAUAAAUUCAGCAAAAAGAGCAAUAAUAUUUAUAUCAAAUCAAUUGAAAACAUUAGAAGAUGAUUAUUUUGAAAAAUUAAAUAUGGCAAUUGAUAUAUUUACACAUACUUGGUCACUUUCUGUUGAAAUUCAAUUUUAUUUAAUUGUUCCAUUUUUAUUUUUAUUACCAUUUCGAAUAAUAUCAUUAACAAUUAUAUCAAUUAUAAGUUUAUUUUAUUUUUAUAUUUUACCAUCUGAUAUUGCUUUUCUCAAUGUUUUUGCAAGAAUUUGGCAAUUUUUAAUUGGUAUGAUUGCUUUUAUUAUUCAUCAAAAUAUAUCAACUGACAAAUAUCAAUCAGUAAAAAAUUCGGAUGAAUGUGAAAAACAACAAUUAUUAUCAGAAGACGAAAAACACGAGAGUGAAGAAAAAGAAAUUGAAACAGAAUUAUUAAAAAUUGAAGCUACGAAAAUUUCUGAAAUUAUUAUCAGAAUGGUGAUCAUAAAAAUGAUAAUUGCUUUAUUCUUUCCAAAAUCCAUAAUGGAAAUUGUUGCAAGGUGAUCUCUUGUUUCGGAAUGAUUUUAAAAAAACUCAGAAUAAAUUUCCAGACCAUCCAUAACAUUAAUUACGGGUAUAAUUUUAAUAUUUUCAAAAGGAGAUGAUAUAUUAUUAUCAAAUAAAAUAUUAACAUAUAUUGGUGAUAUUUCAUAUUCAUUAUAUUUAAUACAUUGGCCAAUAUCUUCAUAUUGUAAAAUAACUGGAAUGCCACAUCAUAAUUGUAUUACUGUAUUUUUAUUUGUUUCUCUUAUUCUUUCAAUUUUAAUUUAUCAUAGUUUUGAGAAAUGGUAUACAAAACAAUCAAAUAUUAUUGUAUUUAUUAUAUCAAUCAUAUUGUUAUCAUUGAACCUCGGAAUAUUAUAUCAUGAAUUAUUAAUACCAAAAGAAUAUGAAGGUUCAAUAGAGAAUAUGAAAAAAAUAAUUGGUAAUGGAACUUUGGAGGAUUCUAAUAGAUUAAAUCGUAAAUGGACCUUAGAUGAUCUGAAAAAUUUGGAAUUUCAAUGUGAUAAAAUCUUCGGAUGGUGUUCAUACACUGGUUUAAAUCCAAAUAAUACACUUCGAAUAAUGUCAUUUGGAAAUAGUUGGGCAGAUAAUCAUGCAAAAUUAAUGUAUGAAGAAUGUGGAUCGAAAGUGAGAGAAUUUAUGAAAGGAUCAAUUAGUGGUUGGUUUAUUUACCAAUAGAUAGAAAAUAUGAGCAUAAAUAAGGUCAUUAAGGUUGCGAACCAAUUUACAAAUUUCCAACUCAAUUCAAACAAUGUCCAGAAUUUUUGGAAGAAGUUGUACAUCAUUUGGAUGAAUAUAAACCGGAUUAUGCAUUCUACUUAACACGAGCAAUUAAUAUUGGUACCAAUUAUACAGAUGAUUUCAAGAAUGAUCCAAUUUAUCAAUCAAUUUUGAAUGAAACACGUCACUUGGUUGAUAAAAUCAAAUAUAAAUUAUUCAUUGUGAAUUCAAUUCCAUCAGUUAAUAUAACUAAGAUUGCAAGCUUAUCAGAUGAUAUAAAAAACAAUAUACCGAGAGAUGAAAUUGAUGUGAGUAUAGGCAAAUGUUUGUAAGCUUUGUAUAAUCAAAUUAAGAAAUUCCAGAGAAAAUUGAUGAUAUAUUAUGAAGAGCAUAUGAAUGCAAGAAAACGAUAUGCUCAAUUAGAAAAAGAUUGCGGGUCGAAGUGUGAAAUUUUUGAUUAUUUCGAUUUAUUUCAUCCAAAUGGAACGGAAACUUUUAGAUAUUAUGAUGAUAAUGGAUUUUCAUAUAUGACUGGUUUGGCACAUUUUUCACCGUAUGGUUUAGAAUAUUUAAGACCAUUUUGGAGAGAUUUUUGUAAUAAAAAGCUUGUAUGAAUUGGAAAUACUCUUUUUGUUGUUAUAAAUACAUUUUUGUUUUUUUUUUCGAAUCACUUUUGUUGUAAAAUAUAUUAAUUCUGAACUAUUGAUCGAGAUUUGGAAGAAGUUAUCUAAUUUUCCGAUCAUUCGUUCAUUUUAUGCAAAUGAAAGAUUUCAUUUGAUGAUUUCUGAAAAGAUAUACUACAAUUAAUAAAGAUACAAAUGACACAAACAUGAGAAUCAAUCAUUAUUUAUGGUUCAAAAUCAGGAUUUUCAUGAAGUCGAGAUUGAAAAACUUCGAAUAUUAUUAACAUAACUAAAUAUUUUUGAUCGACUGUUUCAAUUUUUUAAAAAGGAUAUUUCUUACAAUUAGGAUUUAAGAUUUCAAAUUGAAAAAACAAAAACAGAAAUAUUCUGUUAGGAAUUUUGGAGAUUAUUUAGAUGUGAUCAGAAUUCUUCUUUCUUUUAAAGUCAUCAAAAACAAGUUUCUAUUUGAAUCAGAACAACGAAUCAAUUCGAUGGUUCUUUAAGAUAAUAAUAAACUGUGUUUUUUUUUUAAUUUAACCCCAAUUUGUUCUAGUUUCAGCGACCACGAAGAUGAGUAAUUUUUUAUUUUCAAAAAACAACUCUUAAAAGUGUUCUGAAGAAAUUCUGAAAAUCAGAAAAUGCAAUAUCAGUUUGUGAUUAACUGUCUCAGUCUUUUGUUUUCAUGACAUUACAUGUACAAUCUACAUAUUGAAAUUUAAUAGAUCAAUCAUUUUGAUUUUUCGGAAUCGAGAAGUUCAAACUAAUUAGGAAAAAAACUAAUGAAUCGAGAAAUAUUUAUCAAGAUAUUUAUGUCCAAAACAUGAAUUGUAAUACAGUUCGACGUUUCCGAAGUCCUUUUAAUUAUUGUAAAUAUUGUGCGUGGGAAUUUGUUUGACUUAUUGAAAUUUGUUUGACUUAUUUGUGAGGCUUAUUGAAACUAUAAACAAUAGAUAUUGUCAGAUCGAAAUCAGUUUUUUGUUUUUGAUUUCAUAGUGCGCACACGGAAAAAAUAAUUAGUAUAAAAUUGAGAACAUGAAUUUUUCGAUGGGUUUCGAGAAAAUUUGCUGUUGACCCUAAAUUUCAAUUAUCUCCGCGAAACAAACCAUUUUCCGAUAGAAUUUUUCCACAAGAAUGAUUUUUAAAUUUGUUAUCUGAAAUUACAACGUAUUGUUCAUCUAUCCCGAAAUGAAACAAGCAUGAUUCGAAAAAAUACUAAUUGCUGAUAUUAUCAGAGUCAGAUCCAUGUAUAUAAAGACAAAAAACAUACAAAUUCUAAAAAAAAAUCGAGCUAAAAUUAGAGCUAUAAGCUAUAACAUGUCCACGAAAAAAUUAUUGAAUUUACAAGGAAUUCGUGGAAUUGCAAUUCUAGCAGUUUUAGGAUUUCAUUUCUUUCCAAAUUAUUUUCCAAAUGGAUAUUUGGGAGUUGAUCAGUAAGUUUAUUUUAAAAAAUGAUAAUUUGAGAAAUUUGAAAAUAAUUCCAGGUUUUUUGUGUUAUCUGGAUUUUUGAUGUGUAUGUUAUUGACAAAAACUGAAAAAUUACCAAAAUUUGAAAUGAUAUCAAAUUUUUAUAUUCGUCGAUUUAAAAGAAUUUUACCAUUAUAUCAAUUAAUAAUAUUUGUUUCAUUAAUUGCAUUAUAUUUAAUAUUUCCUGAUACAACAAUUGAAAUUAAUAUAAAUUCAGCAAAAAGAGCAAUAAUAUUUAUAUCAAAUCAGUUAAAAACAUUAGAAGAUGAUUAUUUUGAAAAAUUAAAUAUGGCAAUUGAUAUAUUUACACAUACUUGGUCACUUUCUGUUGAAAUUCAAUUUUAUUUAAUUGUUCCAUUUUUAUUUUUAUUACCAUUUCGAAUAAUAUCAUUAACAAUUAUAUCAAUUAUAAGUUUAUUUUAUUUUUAUAUUUUACCAUCUGAUAUUGCUUUUCUCAAUGUUUUUGCAAGAAUUUGGCAAUUUUUAAUUGGUAUGAUUGCUUUUAUUAUUCAUCAAAAUAUAUCAACUAAUUAUGAAUCAGUAAAAAAUUCGGAUCAAUUGGAAAAACAACAAUUAUUAUCAGAAGAUGAAGAAACAGAACAAUCAAAAGUCGAAAUGUCAACUAGUUAUGGAAUUUUGAUAAAAUUAAUGAUUUCAACGAUGCUAUUGGCUAUUUGCUUCCCAAUAGCUUUUAUUGAAACUGUGAUAAGGUAAAAAAAAACUAUUUUUCAAAAAGUUCCACGAUUAUGUGAUAUUUCUUUCAGACCAUUAAUUACAUUAAUUACGGGUAUAAUUUUAAUGUUUUCAAAAGGAGAUGAUAUAUUAUUAUCAAAUAAAAUAUUAACAUAUAUUGGUGAUAUUUCAUAUUCAUUAUAUUUAAUACAUUGGCCAAUAUCUUCAUAUUGUAAAAUAACUGGAAUGUCUAAUUAUGCUAUAUUAUUUUUAUCAUUUUCUGUUCUUUUUUCAAUUUUGGUUUAUCAUAGUUUCGAAACGUUUUAUACUAAACAAACGAAUAUUAUUGUUGUUUUCAUAACUAUUUUAUUAUUUUCUCUGAAUCUUGGAAUAAUACAUAAUCAAUUAUUCAUCACAAAAAAAUAUGAUGGAGCAGUAACAGCUGAAAUUAAAAAAAUAAGCGUUGAUGGAACAUUGGAAGAUGCGAAAAGAAAGAAUCAUAUUUGGGAGAUUAUGGAAUCGUCAAACUUGCAAUUUAAAUGUGGAGGAAGUGGUGUUGGUUGGUGUUCGUACGAUGGAUUGAAUCAGAAUAAUACACUCAGAAUAAUGUCAUUCGGGAAUAGUUGGACAAUAAAUCAUGCACAAAUAAUGUAUGAAGAAUGUGGACCAAGAGUGAAAGAAUUUCUUAGAGGAUCUUAUGGAGGUUUACUAUUUAAUCGAAAUUAAUACUUGAAAAUCAACAAUUUCAGGUUGUGAGCCAUUAUAUAAAUUUUCAACAAGAUUUAAAAUUUGCCCCGAAUUUGUGACCGAAAUUGAACAACAUUUGAAGGAAUUCAAACCAGAUUAUGCAUUUCAUGUAACUCGAGUCCUUUCAUUUGGAACAAAUUAUACAGAUGAUUUUGAAAAUGACCCAAUUUAUCAAUCGAUUCUGAAUCAGACGAAACGUUUUAUAAAACAUAUAAAAUACAAAUUAUUCAUUCUUAACUCAAUUCCAUCAAUUCGUCGAAAAGCUGUUGAAAAUUUAUCAGAUGAUAUUAAAAAUAAUGUAUCGAAAGUUGAAAUUGAUGUAAGUUUAGAAAAUGUGAAAAUUGUGAAGAAUAACUAUUUCAGAAAAACAUGAUAUGUUCCUAUGAAAUGAAUUUAGCGGCAAGAAAACGAUAUGCACAAUUAAUAAAAGAUUGCGGAUCAAAAUGUGAACUCAUUGAUUACUUUGAUUUAUUUUACAAGAAUGAUACAAAAACGUUCAGAUAUUAUGAUAGAAAUGGAUAUACAUAUAUGUCUGCAGGAAAUCAUCUGUCUCCAUAUGGUUUAGAAUAUAUUCGACCGUUAUGGAGAGAUUUUUGUAAUAAAAAACUUGUAUAAAUUUAUCAGAUUCCAUUUUUUUUCUAGAAAUAAAGAUUUAUAUUUUAUUAGAAUUAUUAAUUCUAAUUUCACACUUUGCAAAUCUCACAAGACCUUCGAAAUUUUUUUCAUCAUUGAAAAAUAUUCAUCGGAAGCUAACUAAUCAAAUUUUGAAAAGAUACCCGUAAAUAUUACUAUCCACCAAAACGGUAAAAAGGUUUCAGGAAAAUAUGGAACGAUUUAAAAAUAAAUUAAAAAAAAAUACCGAUGAACUCCAUUGAAUUUUUUCAAUACCGUUUCUUACAAAUGUUACACAUGUUGAUUUUCUAUAAAGUUAAGUUCAGGAGUUCAUGAUUUCUUAAACUUGAUAUCAAUAAUUUUACGAUAUAAAAAUCAUCUUCCCAUAAUAAUAUUAAUCUUCACUGUUCCAGAAACAAAAGAAAUAACAAUCAGCUCUGUUUUAGAAUGAUUUCAAGAGAACUAUGACUAGAUUUUACUAUAUACAUUUUCGUUUAAAAUUUAAAAAAAAGUCAGGUGAUAUACAAAAAGAUACUGGAUUCACGCGUGAUUUACACAUUUCACAAAUUGUUGAAUUUGCAGUUGAUGAUUUUCGAAAAUGAAAAAUCGUGCUGAUUUUUGAGAAAUAGCGUAUGAAAAUCAUUUCUGAAUAGUUUUAUUCCCGAACGCCGAAUGAAAAAAAACCUGAAGAAGAAUAUUUUCCGUCAGAAUCAUACACACAAUUUUGUGAUCAACUGUCUAAACCAGUAUUCAAUGUUGAAACAAUGAACAUUUGGUCGAUCGGACAAUACAUUUCUUUCUCUUUUUUUUUAAAUCUUUUCGAUUUGUCCAGUUUCUAAUCUUUGUAAAAUCUUUUGUAGUUUCAUUUUGAAAAAUAACGUACGUUAUUCUUCUUCAGGUUUUUUUUCAUUCGGCGUUCGGGAAUAAAACUAUUCAGAAAUGAUUUUCAUACGCUAUUUCUCAAAAAUCAGCACGAUUUUUCAUUUUCGAAAAUUUCGUAAACCUCAGACGCGCAAAUUUAAACUUCAAACAUUAUGAAACAAGUUGGAAUGUCGUGCUCACAAUUGGAACAAAUCUGAAAAUAGAAUGAAAAGAAUAGAACAAGUUAUACAUUCACAUAUUUUUUCUUCAGUCGAGCUUGGAACAUCAAAUAAAAAAUACCAUCAAUAAAAAUUAUCGACUCAGAGAUUCGCUGGCCAGCUCGCGACCAGGUGGAGAGGCUGGCUGA